GACAAUCCUCUGCUUGUUUGGAAAGACGAACAUGAUACAUAUCUCUCGGAGAUUAUUCGGUUGGACGGACGCGGUGAAAAUGCAAGGGACUCGUGUGCAGGCUGUUGCGCCAAUCCUGCAGAAUUCCGAUGUCAGGAUUGCGAUGACAUGCAACUGUACUGUGGUACAUGCUCACUGGCAAAUCAUGCCCGGUCUCCAACCCAUCGCAUACAGCAAUGGAAUGGUAUAUUCUUCGAGAGCUCUUCCUUGAAGACGCUAGGCCUUCGAGUGCAACUCGGGCAUCCCAUCGGUCAAUCAUGCAUCCUCCCGCAGCCGGCGUUUAACGACGACUUUGUGCUUAUAGACACGAACGGAAUACACGAACUAGGACUGGACUUUUGUGGUUGCGAGACAUCCGAGACACAUGUUAAACAACUCCUUCGUCACGGAUGGUUCCCUUCCACGCCAACUAAACCUAGGACAGUGGCAACAUUUCGACUUCUGCAUUACUACCAAAUCUUAUCCUUCGAGUCGAAGGCAUCAGCCUAUGAAUUCUACCAUUCUCUUGUUCGACUCACGGAUAAUACAGGGAUGAUGAAACGCAUGCCGGACCGCUAUGAAGGAUUCAUGUGGAUGGUGCAUAAGUGGCGGCAUCUCACAAUGUUGAAACAUUUCGGACGUGGCCACGAUCCCAGUGGCGUAGAUGGUACAUCGCAGGGCGAAUGCGCUGUCUUCGCGGUGCUAUGUCCAGCAUGCUCGCAGCCAGGGAAGAAUUUACCUGAGGGUUGGCAAAAUGCUUCGAAAGCAAAAUGGUGGUUGUAUGCAGUAUUUUUAGCUAUUGACGCAAACUUUCGAUUGAAAAGGCGGAACGUAUCGAGCGAUCACGCAGACCCAAGUCUUUCGAGUGGCUGGUCAUAUUUUGUCGAGGAGAAAGAGUACAAGGCCUUCCUGGCCGAACAUCUCACUGAGGCGCAGGAGAAAAGUACAUGUUCGAGCCACAGCGCUGUCAACAUGGCAGAUACAAAGCAGGCACAAGGGCUUGCUGCUAUGCAGCUCGAAAUGCUCAACGUGUCGUACGAUAUUGCGUGCCAAUGGCACAAAAACCUCUGGGCCCGCAUGAAGUCCUUUCCUCGAUCCCAUGCCUUGGACCAUCUCACCAAGUAUAUACGCUUCUUCGUGCCAAAGUUCCACCUCCCCGCACAUGUUGCAAAAUGUCAGACCGUCUUCUUGUUCAAUUUCAUGCGUUAUGUCGGCCGGACGGAUGGUGAAGCCCCGGAGAGGGGCUGGUCGAAUAUCAACCCUGUGGCAUCAAGUACGAAAGCGAUGGGUCCUGGUUGUCGUCGUGACACGCUGGACGACCAUUUUGGCGAUUGGAAUUGGAAAAAGACCGUCGGGUUGGGCGCGUCUCUCCUGUACAAGAUGAAGGAUGCUCUAGCUGAGAAGGCUGCGCAUGCACUCGCAUUUGAGGAAUUUGACGCUGUCAUCACUCCCGAGCAUCGUUCUGCAUGGUUAGAAGAAAUGCAAGCUUGGGAAGAUAAUCCGAAUGACACAUCGAUCUCUAAUCCGCUCGAGGCCAAAGCCAUGGCUAUAACGCAAGCAGGAGUAAGGCUAAAGCUCGCGGAGCUGGAGGCCGAGGACCUUCAGCGAGGUAUAGACUGCUCGUUGCACCCACAAAUCUCACCUAGUGUGCUUAUUGCUUCAGGCAUAGACCUGGAGCAUUGUCUGGCCAAUAUCGCCGAGUCGAUGGGUCAACAUGCUACCGACACGCAGAAAGGCAGUCUCACGCAGAUGCGGAACUCGCUUCAUCGUAGGAUCGAUAUGUGGCGACGCACACAGGUCCUUUACCUCCCGGCCGUUCAAGGCCUUAUUGAUCAGGCAGCCACGCGUGAAGGCCACGAGAACGCCGAAUGUAUACACCUCUGGUUACCUUCAGAACUGAAAACCAAGCCGUGCGAUCCACGCCUACAAGAGGACGAAUGGGAAUUGCGCUACGCGCAGGCUCACGAUGCGCUAGAAGAAUUGCGGCAGUGUCUACGCAUUCACUGCUCCUUACUGACACUCAAAAGGGAAUGGGUGCGUGGUCAAGGCGCAAAUACCCGUGCUCAGAAUGCCCUUGCCUGCAUCCACCGAAGGCGUACGGCCUGCGUGAAAUGUUAUCGGUCAGCAUGGAUGGCGCUCAAGAGCCUAGCUACAAUCAUGAAGAAGACCAGUUGGCAGGGCAGGUUGCAGGAAUUGGCCGACACUCAUGUCAAGCCCCUCGUGGACCCAUAUGCUACUGGCGAAGGGAGACGUCAUGUAUCGUGGAUCUGGAUGAUGGAUGGCGUUGACCAUGGCAAUGAAGGUGACAACGAUGGUGUACGAAUUGAGUGGUGCAAAACCCGUGCGAGGGCACUGCGGUGGUCGGAAGAGGUCGAAUUACUCACGGAAGAGAUGCGCAGGGUGCUGGAAUUUUUUACCUGGCAGCAAACGCGGUGGGAAGAACAGGGAAAGGCAUGCGUUGGGGAGUGUGCCGCUGACAUUGAAGGUUUGCGAGCUUAUGCUGCCCGACAGGCUAACAUCCGUCGCAGGCUUGCAGACCAUUUUCGGGUGCUGUGG